AAAGAAGGAAGGGCACAGGGUUGCAGCUGUUGGGAGGUGUUUGCACGCCGCUCAGAUCCACGUUGGGGAUUAAAUAUUUUAGAGUAGGUAACAGGUAGUGGUCCGUGGCGCGGCACCGGGUACGGAUGGGGGGAAACGGGCCGAGUCACUUCUCUGCAGGGGAGGAUGAAGGCGGAGGGGUUACUUUUGUGAAGGGCAUUCGGCUUUCAGACAAAGUCAUAAACCGGAUGCGACAAGGCCCAAAGGUCGUUCCUCCGCUGCCUUCGCAGACUGGACGACCUCCUGCACCACAGUCAGAAAGCGCAGCACCCACUGCACCUCCAGCCCCCUCUGUUGAAGACCUUCUGCCUCUUCUGGCUGCUCCUGCUGAAGCCCCACCUUUACCUUCAGCUCCAGCAGUAGAAGUCAGUCCUCCAGUAAAAGUCAUCCCUCCUCCACCAGUGAAGUUCCACUCCCUCCCUCCUCCCAUCGUGGAGCCUCCAGCUGCAGCAGAUGUCUCUCAGCCUGAAGCUAGUCCACCAUCUGUACCUUCUUCAGUAGUAGAAACACCUGUAGAGCCUCCACCUGCUCCCGAGCCAGUCCCACCUCCUGUUGAAUCCUUCAUUCCGCCUUGUGUAGAGCCAGAAAUCCCAUCUGCACCACCUUUAGCUGAAAGUGGUCUGGUUCCUCCACCUGUAGAGUCAGUUAUGGAAGCCAAAACCUCACCUGAACCUGUAACUUUAUCUCUGCCUCCUGAACCAACAGCUCCAGCUGCUGAACCUUCACCUGUACCUCCACCUUUUGAAUCUGUCCCAUUGACUCCACCUGAACCUGUAGUUUCAUCUGUAGCUCCUGAACCUCUGGAGUUAGCUCCUCUAGUUGUCCCAUCACCUCCACCUGAACCCUUAUCUUCAUCUCUUCCUCCUGAACCGACACCUCCACCUGCUGAACCUGUUGUCCCAUCACUUCCACCUGAACCUUUAACGUCUGUGCCUCCUGAACCUGUGAUAACAACAUCAUCUCCAGCUGUUGAACCUCUGGAGUUAGCGACUCCAAUUGCCCCAUCACCUCCACCUGAACCCCUACCGUUAUCUGUGCCUCCUGAACCGACACUUCCACCUGCUGAACCCGUUGUCCCAUCAUCUCCACCAAUGGAAACGGUUCUGCCCUUAGCUGAUGUCCAACCGGAGACAUUUCCAGUUGAACCUGUUGUUUUACCUCCUCUUGUUGAGCCUACAGUUACCGAGUCCUUAGUCCCGUUAAUUACAGCAGAAGAAGUUUCUCCAUGUGAACUUGUUCCACCUUCUCCGGAGCCUGUGGCAGCACCAGAGCUGCCCUUUGAGGAGCCCUCCCCUCCAUGUCACUGUGUGGAACUGGCUGUUUUACCCGCUAAUGCACCUGUAAUCGAACCCCUUGUUGAACCUUUAACCUCCUCAACUGCUGAACCAGCUCCACCAGCUGUGGAGACCACUGUGACCCUGCUUGUGCCCCCCACUGUAGAAGAUGAAGCACCUGUCAUCGUCACAGCACCACCACCUGCAGCAGAUGGUGCCAUUCCUCAUGAAGUGGUUGAGGAAGAGUUGAGGAAGAAGAUAAAAGCAGAGAUGCAGAUGAGUCUGGAAGAGGAGAUCAACCAGAAGAGACGGGAGCUACAGCAACAGCUGGAGGAGCUGAGGGCCCAGGUCAAAGCUGAAGCCCAGGCAGCGGCUCAGGCUCAGAUCCAGGAGCAGGUGAAGAUGACCCUGGAGGCAGAGAAGGUAGCGUACAUGGAGAACUUGACGGAGUCCAUCACAAAGGAGCGAAUGAAGACGGAGGACGAGAGGCUGAUGGUCCAGCUUUACUGGAUGGAGAUGAAGGCGCAUAAACUGGAGGAGAAAGAGAAAGAUUUGAAGAAACGAGAUGCUCUCUACAAGGAACAUAUUGAGAAACUUGAAAAUAAGUGUGCUCAGUUUUACAAAGUUACCGCAGACAGUUUCCAGAAGAGCAAAGAAGAGACACACAACCGUUUUGCGCGUUUCAACUACCAGCCUGUGUGCGGUGAUCUGCAGAGUCAGAUCUUAAAAUGUUACAAGGAGAACACAGGAAAGACUCUGUCCUGCUCAGGGAUCGCCUCCGCCUACAUGCAGUGUGUGGACAAUGCCAAGAAAGAUAAACUGAGCACUCGAGGUUAACACAUACCACUCAACAAGGAUGACUGCACAUCCUGACAGCUUUACUGCCACAGCAAAGAAAAAAAGAUGGACAAAAUUCACUACAGAGACUCAGGAGACACCUUUUCAGUCAUCUCUUUUACCUUCAGGCUGUGUCUGGUACCACAAACACUAGUUUCUUUGUUUGCAACAUAUGGUUCUUGGGAUUAUCUGUAAACCAAUGGUGCCAAAAACACAACAAAGGCUUAUGCAAGUUAGUUGUUUUGGAAUGACUCAAAGAUAUAAGCUAAGGAUUUAUGAUUACCUUGUGAGUUAUUGUAAGAGAAAACUGAACAAUGAUUAAUUGUCAUGAUUGUGUGCCUUAGAGAAAUGAAACCAAUUAUGAAAUGCAUGAAAGAAGAGCACUGAGUAAUCAGACUUCACAUAAAUUGAAAUGGGAAAUUUUCACUUGGAACUUACCUUGUGUCCAUGUAAAAUGACAAAAUGAGUUCCUCAAUAAAUUGUGUUGUAGAACCACAA